UGGCCCCGCCCCCUCCGCGCUCUGACGGGCGGGGGCGGCAGCCAGUGGGCGCGGCCAAUGGGGGCGGGGCUCGUGUGGUGACGUCAAGGGGUGGGGGCGGGGCCGGUGGUGCAGGUGGAGGCAGCGCGGAGCGGAGUGGCGGCCCCGAAAAGAGCCCAGCAGCCAACGCUGACAACUCAGAGCAGCAGCAAGCCAAGGAGGAGGAAGGAGUUACUGAAACACAGAAGCAAGAGGCUUCCCUGGAGGAAGGGGCUCAGCCAGCACCAGAAAGGCAGCCCCAGAAGCAGAAGGCCUCCAACGGAGAUACCCCCACGCACGAGGAGCAGGGCAAGAAAGAACGUCGCACCUCUGAGGGCCGAGGUCUCUCCCGCCUCUUCUCCUCCUUCCUCAGGAGGCCGAAGUCUCAGGUAUCCGAAGAGGACAAAGACACUGAUGCUCCUAAAGAGGCGGGAGGUGACCAGAAAGAUGCAGAAUUAGGAGCCAGCCCUGAUGACGAUAUCCUGGUGAAAGCCCCGAUUGCAGCUCCUGAGCCCGAGCUCAAAACUGACCCAUCACUGGAUCUCCAUUCCUUGAGCAGUGCAGAAACACAGCCUGCUCAGGAGGAGAGGAGGGACGACCAGGAGCCAUUGGGAAGAGACCUCGAGGACAGGGAAGAAGGGGAAGCAAAGGAAGAGGGUGCCAAACCAGAACCGAAGCCAGAGUCUCUGGAGACUAAAGCAGACAAGGAGUUGAAAGCUGCCCAAAAAGCAGUGAAAAGACACAGAACGAUGUACUGCAAAGUUGUCUUGCUGGAUGACACCAUUUUUGAGUGUUCUCUGGAUAAACACACUAAGGGACAGGAUCUACUUAAAAAAGUCUGUGACCACCUCAAUCUGCUGGAAGAAGACUACUUUGGUUUGGCUACAUGGGACACACCAACCUCCAGGACUUGGCUGGAUCCUGCCAAAGAAAUAAAAAAGCAGGUUCAUGGGGGCCCAUGGGAUUUUACCUUCAAUGUCAAGUUUUAUCCGCCAGAUCCUGCCCAGCUAACAGAGGACAUCACCAGGUAUUACCUGUGUCUGCAGCUUAGACAGGACAUCCUUACAGGGCGGCUGCCCUGCUCCUUUGCCACCUUGGCUCUGCUGGGUUCCUACACGGUCCAGUCAGAAUUGGGAGACUAUGAUCCUGAUCUCCAUGGCCCAGAUUACAUCAGUGAAUUCAAACUGGCCCCAAACCAGACAAAAGAGCUUGAAGAAAAGGUUGUGGAGCUUCAUAAAACAUAUAGAUCCAUGACUCCAGCCCAAGCAGACCUGGAAUUUCUUGAGAAUGCAAAAAAGCUGUCUAUGUAUGGAGUUGACCUUCACCAAGCCAAGGACUUGGAAGGAGUGGAUAUCACUCUGGGAGUCUGUUCCAGUGGCCUUCUUGUUUACAAAGAUAAACUGAGAAUCAACCGCUUCCCAUGGCCCAAAGUCCUGAAGAUUUCCUACAAACGCAGCAGCUUCUUCAUAAAGAUUCGGCCAGGGGAGCAAGAACAGUAUGAAAGUACAAUUGGGUUCAAGCUACCAAGUUACCGGGCAGCAAAGAAGCUCUGGAAAGUAUGUGUUGAACAUCACACCUUCUUCAGGCUGACUUCCACUGAGGCCAUCCCGAAGAGCAGGUUCCUGGCACUGGGCUCCAAAUUCCGCUACAGUGGCCGGACGCAGGCACAGACGCGGCAGGCGAGCGCGCUGAUCGACCGACCCGCGCCCCAGUUCGAGCGCACAGCCAGCAAGAGGGCGUCCAGAAGCCUCGAUGGAGCUAAACGUGCGACUCAAAAGGUUGAGUUCAGAACCAUAGAGGAAGAAAAGCAGAAGGAGGUGGUGUUGAUUGAGGUUCCUGAACCAAAACCUGUGGAUCAGAUCCGAGAGAAGCCAGCCAAACACACUCUUGAAACUUUUGAAAUGAAACCCAUUGCAGAGGAGGAAGAGGAGGAGGAGAAGGUAGAGGUCGUUAAGGUUCCUGUUGUCAAGCCAAAGUCAGUGGAGCUGGUGCAGCCGUGGUCAGCCAAACGUGAUCUUGGCAGUAUUGAGAUAAGCCCAAUUGAAGAGGAGGAGGAGGAAGAGAAAAUGAUGAUGGUGAGAGAACUAGAGCCGUUGCCGAAGGAGUCAGCAGUGGCUGUGAUAACCCCAGAGCGGAGUCCCCGGCCUACCUCAGCCCCGGCCAUUGCUCAAAGCCACCCUGCAGAGCCAGCCCCAGCUAAGUCCACCGUGAAGGACGUGGCCACAUCUAAAGUAGGGAAGGAAACAGCAAAAUCUGAUGUGAGACGUGAAGAAUUUCCACUGGAGAAACCCCAGGAGCCAGUGGAUGCCUCAAAGGUGAGGAAAACACACAUUGAGGUCACAGUCCCCAUCACGAAUGGUGCCCAGCCCCAGCAGCAGCCUGCAGAAAAAGAGGAAGAGCUGAUAAGAAUGAGGAAGAAGAGAUCAAAGAGGCUAGAUGGUGAAAACAUUUAUAUCAGGCAUAGCAAUUUAAUGUUGGAGGAUCUAGAUAAGACCCAGGAAGAAAUAAAGAAGCACCAUGCCAACAUCAGUGAGCUGAAGAAGAACUUCAUGGAGUCCGUCCCCGAGCCUCGGCCGAGUGAGUGGGACAAACGUUUGUCCACCCACUCCCCUUUCCGAAGCCUCAACGUCAACGGGCAGAUUCCCACGGGAGCGGAUGGAGUCAAGAAAGUCACUGUCCCAUCUUCUGAGAGACAGACACGGGAACGGCCUCUGUUAGUACAGGAUGAAGACAAACUAAAAGAGCAGGAGAUACCUACUGAGACAGCCUUUCCCCGGCCAGCAAGUGAAGCAACUCUUCCAAAGGUUUCUAUUGCAAUCCCUGAAGAGCAGAAAUCACUCAAAAAGUGUCAGCUGUACUCUAGCGUUUUUCCUUCUCCACGUAUUCCCUUUAUGAUGUCCUUUCUCCUGGUCAUAGCACUGACUGUUUGGUGGCUGCUCUUUCUCUGAGUGGCGACAGGGUCAUGUUGAAACCUCAAGACCAAAGCUCCUGAAUUUCUGGGCUGUAGUCUCUGCUGCAUCUUCUUUGUCCUGGUCUUUGAUCUCCGUAGAUCGCUGUCCCUGGGAGGGACACCCCGUGACUGUCGUGUUAAUCCUGCUGUAUGUCCUUGUGUGGCUGCGAUGGCACCUGGCAGGAGUGGUCGUGGAUUGCCAGGUCCAUUCUGAAGCUCCCUAUGGUGCAAAAGUAAAUUCUUUGAAUUGUGUUCCCAGCUGCUGUGGGAGGGCAAAUGGAGGGGAGGAAAUCCUGAGAGGAGAGUCUGGUUUCCUAAGCCCCUGAAGACUUCCCACAGGAAUUGCUGGAGAAUUGCUUUUAAGCUUGUUGUUUUAAAUGUAAGAUAUUCACAAGCUGAAGAACAUUUGACACUGGUCUAAAAUGUGCUUUACAGGAAUAUGCUGAAUCACAGAAUCCUGGAAUGGUUUGGUGUUGGAAGGGCCCAUAAAGGUCAACUCAUUCCGCUCUGCUAUGGUCAGGGAACCUUCCCCUGGACCAGGUUGUUCCAAGUUGCAUUCAACCUGGCCUUGUACAAUUCCAGGCGUGGGAAUCCACAGCCUCUGUGGGCAACAAGAGGUUGACUCUCUAGGAAGAACACUGGAAUCUAAUCCAUAAACACUAAAAUUUCUAGGAAACUCAGAUUGGCAUUUAAAUAAAAAGUGCUGGUUCUCACUGCUGCUGUUGGUAAUAACUUAGGGGCAGGGUCUGCUUUUCAUUUUCUAGUGGGGGAAGCCUGUGACAAAGUAUCCCAGCUUCCCUCUCCACCCCUAUUCUUACAUCCAAGAAAAUACAUAGUGUUACAGGAGAAAACUCAUUGCAAGGAGAUAUUUAGUGUAAACAUAGAUUAAUAAUUUUUUCUUAAUCUGAAGGUCUUCAUGCACUUGGGAUGUGUUUUAUUUAACUUGUGUGGAACUAACUGACGUAUGUUUGCUUAGGUCACAGAGAUGAAGUUACCUGUUGUUUGAGCAUUCCCUCUGUUGGCAUGUUGGCUUGGCCACAUCAGGACACACUUCUAAUGUUAAGGCCCUCAAUGGUUUUUGGCUUCUUUAACCAAACUGUUGCAUGCCAGUUGUUGUUUAUUGCCUACAAUGUAAGUGUCUGGAUGAUGCUCCCUUUUAUCCAAGUUAUCCUGGCUGAGCUGUGCAGGCUCCAGCCCAGCUGGACUGAGCAGAGCUGGUUUGUGAACUGGAGGGAAGGUGGGACUUUGUGUCUAAGAGGUUUCUUUUCUGUAAAUAGUAACAAUGGGGCUGCGCUGAGCCCCCCAUUUCUCCUUUCAGCACUAAUCCGUGUUCUCCUGUGUCCACUGGAGGACUGGGCUGGACACAGUCACUGAGAACAUCCCCCCAAUGUCACCAGUGGUGGCAGCUGCUCCAGCAGCAUGGAAGAGAAAGGACCAGGCCUUUAUUACAUGGACUACAAUGUGUGAAUAUAUAUAAAUACCUGUAUUUAUAACCCUUUCUAGAUCUGUAUCUGUGUGAACAGUAUUAGUUAGGAAGCUAGCAGAUAAACUUGAAGGAAUAAGGCAAACAUGGCAUGUACUGUCUGGUCUGAGGGUCCAUGGGCUAUCGUGGGCCACUUGAGCCACCUCUUGCUCUCAAGGGAACAGGUUGAGGUUCUAAAUGCUGUCUCAGAAACUUAGGUUGCUAGUGAAACCCUUUGUUUUAAUCCCACAGGAAUCUUUCCAAUUCCUCUUGUAACCUGGUCUGAUUAGUUCACCAGUUUGUGCCUUUAGGACUUUGUUUUGUGAGGAUGCUGAUUUUUCAUUGGAAAAUAUUCUUCCCUUUUUAAAACACUGCCUUUAAUACACAGUCAUCCUCCUUUGGUACUAGGAAGUGUAGAAGUCUGAGGGUUGUUGUCCAGGCAUAGUCUGGUGUGAAGGAGGGUGCUGGCAGUCUGUGUCCCUGAAUCCUUGGAGCAGCCCUUGGAAUGCACUUGGACUCCAGCAGAUCUUGUGUGGAGUUUAGGAAGAUGGAUGUGGGCCCUGGAGAGCAGAAGUGGGGGAGGAUGCUGGGUUGCCAUGUGCUGUGCAGAAAAUGCAGGGUGGAAGAAGUCAGGGGAUACUUGUGGUUGGCAUUCCCUGCCUGCAUCUCCUUCCCAAAAUGGUAACAGUUGUGAUGAAGAACAGGGAUUGUUUGUUCUCCCCAACCUGGCAUGAAGAGUGAAGAAACAGGAGUUGUUUGGAUCUCUCUGUCCAUUUUCUGUCCAUAUUUCCUGGAGUUUGAACACAGGUGCUUCAUUCCCAAAGCCAUUGCUUGGGAUCACUGUUUGGGAUGCUGCAGUGAGCCCUGCUGAGUUUACUGUGUUUCUGAUCCAGUGACAAGAACUUGGAAACCACAGUGGUGGCUUUGGCAAAGCCAUGGUUUCUAUAGCUCUGUCACUCACUUUCAAAAGGACCUGAAUUCUAAAACUUUUUGUCCAGAGCAACCUUAGGCCAGAGUGCUCAGGGUGUCUUCUCUCAGUGGGAUGAGAGAUGGACUCUGUCACCUCUACUCAGUUCUUUAACUCUUUAAUUCAAGUGGUCUCUUUCUCUCUUUUUUAAUCUUGAGAUAAGGCUGGUUGUCAUCACCAAAAAACCUUGGAGACUUUACACUCUGAAAAUGCUCAGGAACAUUUUUGGGAUUUAUAGACCAAUUAUCACUGCAGAGUAUAAAGAAAUUGAACAAAUGCUUUCUGUAUCUCUGGCAGUUUAGAGGCCAGUUAUCCAUAUUCAUCCAGGUAGAUAUGAUCCCUCCUAACAGAGGAAGCCUGUAACUUAGCAGGAACAGAAACCUCAUCUGUCCAACACCCCAGGGAUGUGUCCACUGGGCUACAGCCCCUUUCCCAGUCACUCCUCUGCUUUUUUCCCUGUUUGCUUGUGAUGCAAAGGGAGUGACAGUCCAUGGCCAUCCACGUAAGUUCUAAUUCCUGCACAUUCUGUAUCCUGUUUGUGCACAUUCCAUAUCUUUUACACCUUGGUGCUCUGGUUUCCCCCUUUUCCCAUGAUGUCAGCACAGGAUGCAGCACUGAGAGGAGGAUUUUAUGGGUCCUGCUGUCAUUCCUGUGCACAGGGAGAGCUGAUUGGCUCUAGUGCUGUUUAAAGGCUGAGAUCUCAGGGCAUCUAUAAAGGAACCAAUACAUGAACUUUAUUCCUAUUUUCCUCAGGAACAAACUUGCUAGGAACUCCUGGCUGCCUGCCCUGACACUGGCACCCAUUGACACAGGGAUUCACACACCCUGUUCAGCCUGGCUGGUGCAGUGCCAGGCCAUGAGCAAUGGAGAGCUGAGUUAUCCCUCUUGCAGGGAAGCUGGAAAUGUCUGCAGCAGGUAAGCUCAUCCAGGUUGGCAUGAGAAAUCCUGGUUUUUCAAUGUGACCUGCUGCAGAAAAUGGCAUUCUGGUGACUGGCACACUGGUGACAUAGGAAGGAUAAGUCUGCCAGCAGUUUUGCCUAUUGUUUUGUGAUGUGGUCACUCAGCUCUUUGAUGCUUAUGUGUAGGAUCCUGUUGGGAGCUGUAGAGGGUUCAGUGAUUUCCAUUGCAAUAUUGACGGUUGGCUCCACACUCACUUCCUGAAUCUCCUUACCCGGAUUCCAGCUCUUUUGGACACCACCUAAAACACACAGGAGUUUCUUGUACUUUCUUGCUUUAGGAAAAAGUGGAAACCAGUAUUCUGAAGCAGCAGAUGUGCCAGAGCCAAUAGCUUGGAACUUGGAUUCAGUUCCGAGGCUGUGCUGGGUGUGGGGCUCUGUGUGUGAUGAUGCUUGAAGUCUUCAUUGCUGUAAAACAACAUCCCUUUUUCUUUUUCAACUGCUAAAAGGGAGCAGAUAAAUGAGGGUGUUGGCUGCAUGUCCUCCCACCUUCUGCCUCCCUCGGGGAGUGAUGGAAGGUGAGCUGAGGACUCUCCAUGGGCAGCUCAGUCAGGGCAGUGUUCAGCCAAGACUGGUUCCCCUCUCUUGUGGUUUGUCCAGUAACUAGUGAUGACCCUAAAGAGUAGGUAUUCCAUAUCUCCCUCCUAUCCUGAAUAAUCAGUAGAGGUGGAUUUCCUCAGCACCAAGGGAAGUAGUUUGUGUUUGGAGGAAUGAGGCUUGGCUGUACCACCAGCUCCUGGGAAGGUUAUCUUAGAAUCAUG